AUGGCCUGCCGCUCCUGCGUCGUUGGCUUCAGCAGCCUGAGCAGCUGUGAGGUGACCCCAGCGGGCAGCCCCCGGCCUGCGACCUCCAGAUGGAGCAGCUGCGGGGCACCCGGGCCGAGCUUCAGCUCCCACAGCCUCACAGGCUGCUGGACAGCCGGCACCGUCCCCAAGGUGACCGUGAACCCCAGCCUGCUGGUACCCCUGGAUCUCAAGGUGGACCCAGCCAUCCAGCAGCAGAAGAACAGCGAGAAGGAGGAAAUGAAGGUCCUCAACGACAAAUUCGCCUCCCUGAUUGGCAAGGUGCAAGCCCUGGAGCAGCGCAACCAGCUGCUGGAGACCCGCUGGCACUUCCUGCAGAGCCAGGACUCGACCACCUUUGACCUUGGGCACCUCUACAAGGAGUACCAAGGCCGGCUGCAGGAGGAGCUGCGCAAAGUGAGCAAGGAGCGGGGCCAGCUCGAGGCCAACCUGCUGCAGGUGCUGGAGAAGGUGGAGGAGUUCCGGAUCAGGUAUGAGGAUGAGAUCUCCAAGCGCACGGACAUGGAGUUCACCUUCGUCCAGCUGAAGAAGGACCUGGAUGCAGAAUGUCUUCGACGGACGGAACUGGAGACCAAGUUAAAAGGCCUGCAGAGCUUUGUGGAGCUGAUGAAAAGCAUCUAUGAGCAGGAGCUGAAGGACCUGGCAGCCCAGUUGAAGGAUGUGUCGGUGACCGUGGGUAUGGACAGCCGCUGCCACAUCGACCUGAGCGGCAUCGUGGAGGAAGUGAAGGCCCAAUAUGAUGCCAUCGCGGCUCGCAGCCUGGAGGAGGCCGAGGCGUACUCCCGGAGCCAGCUGGAGGAACGUGCUGCCUGCUCGGCCGAGUUUGGGAACAGCCUCCAGAGCAGCCGCAGUGAGAUCGCUGACCUCAACGUGCGCAUCCAGAAGCUCCGAUCACAGAUCCUCUCCAUCAAGAGCCACUGCCUGAAACUGGAGGAGAAUAUCAAGGUGGCUGAGGAACAGGGUGAGCUGGCCUUUCAGGAUGCCAAGGCCAAGUUAGCCCAGCUGGAGGAGGCCCUGCAGCAGGCCAAGAAGGAUAUGGCACGGCAGCUGCGUGAAUACCAGGAGCUCAUGAACACCAAGCUGGCCCUGGACAUCGAGAUCGCCACCUACCGCAAGCUGAUGGAAGGCGAGGAGAGCCGGAUGGACAUGCCCUCAGCCACCGUGGUCAGCGCAGUGCAGGCCAGAUACAGAACAGCUGUCUCCAAGUCCGGCCUCUCAAGAGCUCCCUCUCGGAAAAAGAAGAACAGGAAAGGCCCUGUGAUCAAAAUCACCGAAAUGUCAGAAAAGUUCCUCUCGCAGGAGUCAGAGGUUUCAGAGUAA